AUGUCUAGCCGUGAGAUACAUGUUGUUGUCGUCGGUGGAUCCUGGGCCGGUGUCACUGCAGUGCGCGAGCUGAUUGAGCUCAGCUACCUCACAUAUCCGGGCCUCCACAUCACACUGGUCGAGCAACGGACGCACUACUUCCACAAGACUGGCAUUAUCCGUGGUCUGGCGGACAAAAAAUACGCCGAGCAAAUGUUUAUCCCAUACAACCGCUUGUUUUCACACGGUACAUCUGUCGCCCACAACCACCGUUUUGUGUGCGCCCGGCUGAAGCAUGUUCAUGAGCACUUUAUUGAGGUCGAAGGCGGUAGUCGGCUGUUCUACGACUAUUUGAUUAUUGCCACUGGAACAGAGUACAAGUCAUUGCCGGUCACUUCGUCUGUUACCGCUGAGGAGUGCUACGCGCAGUACCAAGCUAUGCGCGAUGCCAUGGAGGCCGCGGAUCGCAUUUUGUUUGUUGGCGGCGGUGCUGUUGGUAUUGGCUUGUGCGGAGAGAUCGCUGAAAUGUACCCAAAAAAGACAAUUACCCUGGCUCAUGCGCGCGAACGGCUCCUCAACGAGGACCUCUCAGAUAACUUUGCGUCGAGUACCGAGGCCAGACUACAGAAAAUGGGCGUCAAGCUUGUAUUGGGCGAAACUGUGGUGCCGUCAGAAUUUGGCACCGAAUUAAACCCCAACUGGAAUGUGCGCCCGCACGAGGUUGUGACAAAGAGAGGCCAUAAAAUUGAGUGCGACUUGGCAAUUUGGACAACAGGGUCGAGACCACAGACAGCGUUUAUGAAGACCCUGUCGCCAUCUAACGACAAAUUUCCGCUCGUCGAUGCGGUAUCUGGAAGCAUCAGUGUUCGAUCAACAUUGCAACUGGCUGACGCUCGUUUUCCGUACAUCUUUGCCGUGGGCGAUGUCAACUCGCUGUCUAUUUCUGAGAAGUAUGCGACAAGUGCUGUAAACCAGGCCAAGCAGGCGGUGGGAAAUAUCCGGGCACUGAUCGAUGACUGCUACGACUUCCGCAUCAAGAUGUCGGCCGCCAUGGCUGCCAACACCGCGGCCAAGGCCAGUCUUCUUCCGUACAUGGGAACCAAAAAGGGCGUUGUUGUUGCCUUGGGCAGAAACCAGGAAGUCUCAAACACCUUCUUUGCAAAAAUUAACAGCUGGGCGCGCGGCGGCAAGCGCGGGCGCAAAUAUCUGCUUGACAAAGCCCAAGAGAUGCUCAACUACUAGCUGGGCAAGGCGAGGACAAGGACAAAGCAACCCAAACUGUCUUUAUUAUGAUCCUAAUUGGAACAUUCUCUCCGAUUACUUGAUACUUUGUGUAUAUCAACCGAACAAAAGCCGCGCUAAAAAAACCCCAACAAACUUGUUGGGAAUUGGUGUGUCCGUUUUUCUGUUUCAAACUGCGACUGCAAAUACAACUGCAGCCGGUAGAACGCGGCAAAUAUUAAUAUCGUACGACAGUAUUUUUAUAUUUCUUUUUCAAUUUUUUCCAUUAAUGUUUUGAUAUCAAAAUUUUUGUUUCCCAAAAAAACAAUCCUUAUUUGU